AUGGCACAACGGCGAGUGCCCACCAUUAGCGACCUCAGGAUCAAGCUUUGCUACAUUUGCAGGGAGGAGGAGCGGUAUGAUGCACCCGAGCACCCUCCCCGAGCAUGGACGCAUCCAUGCAAAUGCACACUCAUUGCACACGAGUCCUGUCUGCUGCAAUGGAUACAGACAUCGCAGCAGAACCGCUCACGAGCCCCAAAUGCUCUCAAGUGCCCGCAGUGCAGCUCAGUAUAUGAGCUUGAAAGCAACAAUCCACUCAUUCUACGCAUCUUGGACGCAGCAAACAAGGGCCUCUCGACGAUGGGAAAGAUUGUAACUAUCGCAAGCGUGACAGUGGUGGUGGUUUCUCUUGGGACUGGAAUGUAUAUCCUCAGCACAGCAUAUGGUGCCUAUGCUCUGAAGGAGUUUCUGGGUGCUGAGAUGUAUGAUCUCCUGUUAACGGAGGACCCUACUAAUUGGCCGUGGCAUUGCUACCUCAAUCUUCCACUCAUUCCCCUUGCUCUCAUCAUCUCGCGUCUUCCUUUUAACUCUAGUGUCACGCCACUUGUUCCCCUUCUCCUCGCAUGGCCAACGUCCACCCCCCCGCGGACUGACAAGCGCAUAGUUCUCGAUCGUUGGGGUAUUCAGGAACCAAUACAACGGGAAAUGUUCCCCUUACUCCCAAGCUGGCCCCCUCCGCCAGUAUUGCUCGGCUUGAUCAUCUAUCCGUCUGUUCGUAUCACAUAUAACCGCCUGUUCUCUCAGUUCUCGAGAUGGGUGCUGGAUACGCAACCGGAUGCCACCAAUACCACACAGCCCAUGAUGCUUGCUUUGGAGGAUGACGACCCAUUCCUUCGCAUUCGCAUCAAUGCUAACGGCGAAGAACGGAACGCCCAGCUUCAGCCUAAUGGUCAAGGCCAGCAGGACAGAGGUGCAGGUAUUGCUAACAAUGGUGCCAAUAAUAAUCCAAAUGCCGAUGGCGAAGCCAUUGCAGGAGACGUUGCUGCUGCCGCUGAGAAUACCAUUCGGGUAUCGGGGACCUCCCUUGGGCGACUGAUUGGAGGAGCCUUGAUUAUCCCGCGGAUCUCCAGUUUCAUGGGCUCGCUAUUGUAUCGACUAUCCAAGUAUUCACCGCUUUUACGUCGUUUCCUCGCUGUGCGCCCACCUCUUCCGCCUGAUGUGCGGCCGUCGCUAGUAGGGACUUGGAUCGAUGAGGAAAUGUGGCGCCAGUUGAGCCCUGUGAAACGGCUCAGCGUCGCUGGAUUGAUGGGUCUUAGCGUCGCGUGGCGGGGAACUCCCGUUUGGGCAGAAUGUGAUCCUGUUUGGUGGAGAAACUCAUUAGGGUUGGGUCUUUUCACCGUCGCAAAGGACUGCUUGCAUCUCCUACAUCUGUGGCUUACCAAACGGGAGCUGCAGAGCCGGCGAGUCAAGAACAAGUCAUUUGAAGGUGUUGACGUGAGGGAAUUAGAUCUCAUCGAUUCCGUGACACACACCGGACACUACCAUCCUUAG